AUGGCGAACGCUAUCAUAGUGCAGCAGCCUUCCUUCUUCCCUGUUCCAGUCCGCUUGUAUCUGGACGACCCCCCCACCCCCCUCUCGGCCUUGACCCGCAGCCCCACCUUGGGAGCUGAUGCUACGUUUAGCCGCUCGGGGGCCCAUGUCUGGCUGAGGGAGAAGGAGCAGCUACUCCCCUGUAUUGUCACCUCCUCUGAUGACAGCUCCAUGAUCCUCACCACAGACUACGGAGAGGUGAUCAGUUUGAACGUCAGGGAGGCGAACAGGACGAGGGUCUUUCCCAUGCAUCCCUCCAGCGUCAGCGGAGUGGAAGACAUGUCAACGCUGGCCGAACUGCACGAAGCCGCCAUCAUGCACAACCUCUUCCUACGAUACCAGCAAGAUUUAAUCUAUACGAAUAUCGGCUCUAUCCUAGCUGCUGUGAACCCGUAUAAGCAGAUAGCGGGGCUUUACGACGCGUCUGCGGUGGAGCUGUACAGCAGGCAUCAUCUGGGAGAACUACCUCCGCACAUCUACGCCGUGGCCAAUGAGUGCUACCGCUGUCUGUGGAAGAGACACAACAGUCAGUGUGUCCUCAUCAGUGGAGAGAGUGGUGCUGGGAAGACAGAGAGCACCAAACUGCUGCUGAAGUUUCUGUCAGUCAUGAGUCAGAACUCUGCUGGGACUCCACCGUCUGAGAGGACCACACGAGUGGAGCAGGCCAUUGUACAGAGCAGUCCUAUAAUGGAGGCAUUUGGAAAUGCCAAGACUGUAUAUAACAACAACUCCAGUCGCUUUGGAAAGUUUAUCCAGCUCCAUUUUGCUCAGAGCGGAAACAUCCAGGGAGGCUGCAUCAUUGACUAUUUACUUGAAAAGAACCGGGUGGUGCGACAGAACCCCGGAGAGCGGAAUUAUCACAUCUUCUACGCGCUCCUCUCCGGAGCUGAUCACGAGCACAGAGAGCUGUACCUGCUGUCUGAGUCUCCUGAAUGCUACCACUACCUGAGCCAGUCAGGCUGUGUGAAAGACAGCAGUCUUGAUGACAAACAGCUCUUUGACAGUGUGAUGGAGGCCCUGAAGGUCAUGGAGUUCAGUGAGGAGGAGAUCCGCGAUGUGUUUAAGCUCCUGUCUGGAGUUUUACAGAUCGGCAACAUCGAGUUCAUGACCGCCGGAGGAGCCCAGAUCACAACAAAAGGAGUGGUCAGUAACGUGAGUGACCUGCUAGGCCUGGACUCCUUCCAGCUGUCGGAGGUUCUGACCCAGCGCUCCAUGAUCCUGAGGGGAGAGGAGAUCUGUUCUCCUCUGACUGUGGAGCAGGCAAUUGACUCUCGUGACUCCGUUGCCAUGGCGCUGUACUCUCAGUGUUUCUCUUGGGUCAUUGCGAGGAUCAAUCAGAAGAUCAGAGGGAAAGACAACUUCAAGUCCGUCGGCAUUCUGGACAUCUUCGGCUUUGAGAACUUUGAGGUGAACCGGUUUGAGCAGUUUAACAUCAACUACGCCAACGAGAAGCUCCAGGAGUACUUCAACAAGCACAUCUUCUCUCUGGAACAGCUAGAGUACAACAGAGAAGGGAUACUUUGGGAGGCCAUAGACUGGAUGGAUAAUGCAGAGUGUCUGGAUCUUAUUGAGAAGAAACUGGGCAUGUUGGCUCUUAUCAAUGAGGAGAGCCGCUUUCCCAAAGGCACUGACCACACCCUUCUGGAGAAGCUCCACAGCCGUCACGCUACCAACCCUUACUAUGUGAAACCCAGAGUGGCAGAUCACCAGUUUGGCAUCAGACACUACGCUGGAGAGGUGUUGUAUGACGUGCGGGGAAUUCUGGAAAAGAACAGAGACACAUUCAGAGAUGACAUUUUAAACAUGCUGAAAGACAGCAGGUUGGACUUCAUCUAUGAUCUGUUCGAGAGGGUCGGCAGUCGGAACGGAGAGGACACUAUGAAAAUGGGCACAGCGAGACGCAAGCCCACCGUCAGUUCCCAGUUCAGGGAUUCUCUUCACGCCCUGAUGGCCACUCUGAGCGUCUCCAACCCCUUCUUUGUCCGCUGCAUCAAACCCAACAUGGAAAAGAAUGCGAAUAAAUUUGAUCCAGACAUCGUCCUGAAUCAACUGCGUUACUCUGGAAUGUUGGAGACGGUGAAGAUCCGUCGGGCUGGGUUCCCUGUCCGCAGGACAUUCCAAGACUUCCUCAGCAGAUACACAAUACUCCUGAAGGACAAAAGUCAGGCAGGAGAUGAGAGAAAGAAGUGCACAGACCUCCUCACCGCGUAUGACGCAUCCAGGAAAGAGUGGCAGCUGGGCAAGACAAAGGUGUUCCUUAAGGAAGCCCUAGAGCAGAGCCUGGAGAAGGACAGGGAGGAGGUCCGGCGUGCAGCUGGGAUGGUCAUUCGGGCCCACAUACUGACAUAUGUGGCAAGAAAACACUACAAGAGGGUCCUGGCCAGCACCAUUAUAAUCCAGAAGAACUACCGCGCUCACUUCUGGAGACGCGUGUUUCUGCGCCUGCGAUCAGCCGCCCUGGUCUUUCAGAAGCACUGCCGAGGAAAGCUCGCUCGCAACCUCUACCGAAAGCUGCUUGAGGAGAAGAAACAGAGAGAAGAGGAGGAGAGGAGGAGAAAAGAAGAAGAGGAGAGAAGGCGAAGAGAGGAAGAACUGAGACGGCAGGAGGAAGAGAGGAGACGUCGGGAAGAGGAGGAGGAGGAGGAGGAAAGGAGGAGACAGGAGGAAGAAAGAAGGAGGCUUUUAGAGGAGGAACAGCGGAGGAGAAAGGAAGAAGAGGAGGCUCUUCGGAUUAGACGGGAAGAAGAGAAGGAGGCGUGGGAAGCGGCACAUACCAGGAAUCAGGUGGGAACCAAUCAUCUUCAUCCAAAGCGAGAGGUGUGUGUGUCACACAGCGUGGGCCAGUACUCCUCAGAGGAGGAGACGCGUCAGAUGGAGGAGAUCCUGCGUCUCGAGCGGGAGAUCGAGAGACUGCAGAGACAGAAGGAUGACAGCGUGUCUCUGCUGAACGAGAGCUCCAGGGACGAGCUGCGACAGAGGAGAGACGCAGAGAUCGACCGGCUGGAGAAGGAGGCCUCGCGCGUGGCCACCGAGUUUCUCGAGAUGCUGGACUUCGGGGGCCUGGAGCAGUCCGUCUCCAGCGAGGAGAACCUCCACGACCCGUCCGAGACCACCGCCCCUCUGGCCGAGGAGGAGGUGGACGAGGGAUUCCACGCGGACGAUGAGUGCAUUCCCCUCCCGGACCUUCCGGCCCCCGCGGCCGUUCCUCUGGAUCAGGACAUCUUCUCCAGCCUACCCCCUCCCCCGCCCGCUUUCGCCGAGGGGGUGGUGUCAACCUCCUCUCCAGAGCACCUGACGGCUACCACCUCCCUCAAGCAAAAAAGACUCUCGGAAACCCUCCCUCCACCCCCACCUACUCCACCUCCACUGCCCCAUGCGGUUGUAGCCAAAGGAGACUAUGGAGUAGUCGAUAAGAGCCCCAAACAGACUGUUCCGGAAACCGUCCCUCCUCUGGAGGAGACAACCUUUAGCAUGCUGCCUGACACAGAGUCGGACUACGACCAGGAGGAGUUUGAGGAAGCUCAUGGGAGCUGCGGGGACGGGGGAAGCACCAACGACGGACACUUGACAGAUGAGGAGGUGCUGUGGAAAUCCUCCUGCACGUACAACAGCCUGGACUCCUACCGAGGAAGCUCUGACUCAUUCAUUGACAGUGAUGAUGACAACGAUGGUUACGUGGAUACUGACGAGGAGGUGUCCAAUGGCAGGGUCAACCUCCUGAAUGGGAGCGGACCCCUGUAUUUCCACAGUUACCUCUACAUGAAGAGUGGAUUGAUGAUUCCCUGGCGGCGGAGAUGGUGUGUUCUGAAGGACGACACGUUCAUGUGGUUCAGGGCCAAGCAGGAGGCUCUGAAGUCGGGCUGGCUGUAUAAAAAGGGUGGUGGCAUGUCGACGCUGUCUCGGAGGAACUGGAAGAUGCGCUGGUUCGUCCUGCGGGAGGCCAAGCUCAUGUACUUCGAGAACGACAGCGAGGAAAAGCUGAAAGGCACCAUAGACAUCCGCGCUGCCAAGGAGAUCGUAGAUAACCACGAGAAAGAGAACGCGCUGAACAUCGUGACGGAGGACCGGACCUACCACAUCUACGCCGAGUCGCCUGAGGAUGCCAGUGGUUGGUUCAGUGUAUUGAGUCGGGUACACAGUGCAAGUCCGGAACAACUGCUGGAGAUGCAACAUGAACAAGCCAACCCCAAAAAUGCUGUGGGAACUCUGGAUGUUGGGCUUAUUGACUCUGUCUGUGCCUCUGACAACCCAGACAGACCCAAUUCAUUCGUCAUCAUCACGGCAAAUCGGGUGAUCCACUGUAAUACAGACGUGCCGGAGGAGAUGCAUCACUGGAUUGGCUUGCUGCAGAAGCCCAAAGGAGACUCCAGGAUAGACGGGCAAGAGUUUAUCGUCAGAGGUUGGCUGCAUAAGGAGAUGAAGUCGGGAGGAAAGAGCACCUCUCUGAAGCUGAAGAAGCGUUGGUUUGUCCUGACCAACAACUCCCUGGAUUACUACAAGACCUCGGAGCGCAGCGCUUCCAAACUGGGAACACUGGUGCUGAACAGCCUCUGCUCUGUGGUGCAGCCAGAUGAGAAAGUCUUUAAAGAGACAGGUUACUGGAAUAUUAUUGUCCACGGGCGCAAGCAUUCCUACCGCCUUUACACCAAGAUGCUCAACGAGGCCAUGAGGUGGACCAAUGCCAUACAAGGAGUGAUUGACAACAAGGUUCCGAUCGAGACACCCACCCAGCAGCUGAUCCGGGACAUUAAGGAGAACAGUCUGAACGUGGAGGCAGUGGAGCAGACUUACUGGAGGAACCCCAUCCUGAGAUACACACAGCACCCGCUGCACUCCCCUCUGCUCCCUCUGCCAUACGGGGAGGUGAACAUCAGCCUUCAAAAGGAGAAGGGUUAUUCCAGUCUUCAGGAUGAGGCGGUGAAGAUUUUUAACUCUCUGCAGGAGAUGGAGGUGGUCUCUGACCCCGUCCCCAUCAUUCAGGGCAUCCUACAGACCUGCCAGGACCUGCGGCCGCUGCGCGAUGAGGUCUACUGUCAGCUGAUCAAACAGACCAAUCACGUUCCUCAGCCCAACAGCGCUGCCAACCGCGCCCACUGGCACCUGCUGACGUGCAUGAGCUGUACCUUCCUGCCCAGUCGUGCCAUCCUACGUUACCUCCGCUUCCAUCUGAAGAGAAUCAAGGAGCAGUUCCCUGGCACAGAGAUAGAGAUGUUUGCUGUCUUCAUUGGCGAGUCACUGAAGAAGACCAAGACCCGGGAAUUUGUUCCAUCUCAGGAGGAGAUCGCGGCUCUGCUCAACCGUCAGGAGAUGACCACCACGGUGUAUUGCCACGGCGGAGGCUCUUGCAAAAUCUCCAUCAAUUCCCACACCACUGCUGGAGAGGUGGUGGAGAAGCUGAUUCGUGGUUUAGCCAUGGAGGACAGCAGGAACAUGUUUGCUCUCUUCGAACAUAACAACACCAUGGACCGGGCCGUGGAGAGUCGAGUCAUCGUGGCCGACGUUCUGGCCAAGUUUGAGAGGUUGGCAGGAAGUGAACAGGUAGAGGAAGAGGGCCAGUGGCGACUUUACUUCAAGCUCUACUGUUUCUUGGACGUGGAGAGCAUGCCCAAAGAAGGAGUGGAGUUCGUUUUCAUGUUUGAGCAGGCUCACGAGAGUUUGAUCAGCGGUCAUUUUCCCGCCCCCGAGGAUACGCUGCAGCACUUGGCCGCCCUGCGUCUGCAGUACCUGCACGGGGACGCCGUCCGGGUCAGCUGGUGCCUGGACAACGUUUACCCCACGGGCCGCCUGCGUAACCGCAUCCUGCAGUUCACCAAAGUGGGCGGGGCGGCCGGACCCGGCCACACCCUGGAGAGGCGGAGGACCAGCUUCCUGGACGGGACGUUGCGGAGGGGCCUGAAGAGCGGCACCAUGAAGAAACAGCGCAGCCUGCAGGAGGAGCAGAUGAUGGAGAUGUGGGUGAAGGAGGAGAUGUCGGCCACCAGGGCCAGCAUCACGGAGAAAUGGUCCCGACUGAAGGGACUCCACCAGCACCAAGCCAUGCUCAAAUACAUGAACAUUAUCAAGGAGUGGCCUGGGUAUGGCUCCACCCUCUUUGAUGUGGAGUGCAAAGAGGGAGGCUUCCCACAUGACCUGUGGCUGGGUGUGAGUGCUGAAAACGUGUCUGUUUACAAGAGAGGUGAAGCCAAGCCCCUGGAGACCUUCCCUUAUGAGCACAUUGUCUUUUUCGGGGUUCCGCUUCCUAGAACAUACAAGAUUACUGUCGAUGGACGGGACAUGUUCUUCGAUACACCACAGGGUGGAGAGAUCACCAAGAUUAUGAAAGCAUAUAUCAACAUGAUUGUGAAGAAAAGAUGCAGUGUCAAAUCUGUUUCGAGCUUUGGCAGCAACUGGAUUAGGUGA